GCUGAGCAAGACCUGAAUUCUCUGGCAGAGGUGAACCGGUCGCUCCCCAGGAUGGGUCAGCAGCUCUCCAGCCAGGGCAUGAUGAACAAACUCCCUGAGAAAGUCAUCAAACACGCGAGCCUUGUGCGCGAGAGCGGCUUCCUGACGUACGAGGAGUUCCUGGGGCGCGUGGCGGAGCUUAACGAUGUUACAGCGCGUCUCGCCGCAGGGCAGGACAAGCAUCUCCUCUUUGAAGUGCAGCCGGGAUCGGACUCCUCCGUUCUGUGGAAAGUCGUCGUCCGCGUUCUGUGCACUAAGAUUAAUAAGACGAGCGCCAUCGUGGAGGUGUCCAGGAUCAUGAACCUCUACCAGUUCAUCCAGCUCUACAAGGACAUCACCAGUCACACCGCCGCUGUGGGCGCCCAGAGCAGCCAGGCCUCCGAGGAGAACGCCCAGAGCCUGGCACCCCUCUCCUCCUGCCAGGCCAGCAUCCUGAUGGGCAGGGUGAAGCAGCUGACAGAUGAGGAAGAGUGUUGUAUCUGCAUGGACGGGCGAGCUGAUCUGAUCCUGCCCUGCGCUCACAGCUUCUGCCAGAAAUGUAUUGACAAAUGGAGCGACCGGAACCACAAUUGUCCCAUCUGCCGCUUGCAAGUGACGGGCACCAAUGACUCAUGGGUGGUUUCAGAAGCCCCAACGGAGGAAGAUGUGGCAAGUUAUAUACUGAAUUUGGCUGACGAGGUUGGGCAGCCCCAUGACACCUUCUUCUGAUCACAUGGUCGGCGUCUUCAUUACCACCUGUUUACCAGUGUUUUAUCUGCAUGAUGGACACCAGAGGAUGAUUAUAAUGUCCACCUCUGAUCAACAUGUAUAGCUCAUAGAUAGAAUCAGCUUCCAUACACAGUGCAGUCACUGUGUACAUACAUUACUUAUCCUGUACUGAUCCUGAGUUACAUCCUGUAUUAUACUCCAGAGCUGCACUCGCUAUUCUGCUGGUGCAGUCACUGUGUACA